AUGGACAAAGAAGAGAAUAAGAAGGAAGGCUCUUCUCUCAUAGAAGAGGACAAGCACAUGGAGGAGUUUGAAAUUGAACCUAAGGACAAGUUAAACCAAGAAGAAGUUGAUAAAGCGGAGAAACUGAUAAAUCAGAGGUAUCCUCUUAAUAAUCUGGCGCUUCAUGAAGUGUUCACGUUUUUAAAACCAUUAGUUUUCUGGAGAAAGAAGGCUAACAAGGCUAAGCAGACAUCUCUUAAAUUUACGAAGCUUGUCACUUCAGAAGCAGCCUAUGCAGACAUGAAGGCAGAUAAACUAGGAGGCCUGAAAGGGUUAGUGAAAAAGCAUAGAAAAUCUUCAAAUAGAGUUGUAGAAGAAGCUGCCAAAAGUCAGCAGGAGAUGGUAGAUUGAGAACCUCUCAACUUGCUUGGGAUUGGGAUAGUAGCUCAGUUUGACCUAAUGAAAUACCUGAUCAUCGCCUUCAUCCUCUUUACACUUCUUUCUAUCCCGAUGAUUGUGAUAUACAGUGGAUACGAUAAUAUGAGAGGGACUAAAAAGGAAUCUUAUACAGCCCCAACACUUGGAAAUUUUGGAUUCUCUACUUCAAGUUGAUAUACCGUACCCAAGAAAAUGGAAUCGAUGAUCCUAUUCUGAAAUACAGGAACUCUCUCAGCAAAGAUUGGGUCUUAUGGUAUUGUCCCAUCGGAUGCAGAGGAUAGAAAUGUCUGUAUUGAUGGUAUUGGAGACACAGCUGCUUGUUCAAGCCGCAUUUCAGCAGACUUUGAACUUCAGUAUGAAACCGAAUGCAGCAAUAAGAAAUUUUGAAUUUUAAAGCAUGUCAGUCAACAUUUUAAUGGUCCAGAAGACCGGUGUAACAAUGAAAACUCAAUCUUCUUCCUUAAUGUUAAAUGUUUGCAGGACAUUGAAGUAGUUGAGAGCAAAAGGGCUCAAUCAUUCUACAUAAUGACUAUUGGUCUCUUCAUGGGUUUGUCCUUGUUGGUAACUCUGUAUUAUGCCCAAAAUAAACUAAAGAUAUCUGCAAAAGAAUGGGAUCUAGAUAUGAUCACUGCUAGUGACUACACUGUUUCAUACGAGAUUGACCAAGAUGAUUACGAGUUCUUCAAGGAGCAACAUCGUGAGGAGAGUGGGGAAUCAGCCCCUCUAGCUUACAUGAGCGUCCUCAAACACAGAGUUGAGAACCAAGUGAGCAAGGAAGAGUUUGUUAUCCAUGAAACUAAUGUUAUCAAGAUUGCUAAUAUUACGUAUUCCUUUAACAAUCAUGAGAUGAUAGAACUUCUUGAUCAACGAGGAACAGCGAUAGCUAAUCACGAUAUGAAGAAAAAGAUCGAAAUCGAAAAGGAAAUCUAUGAGUUAGGAGAGAACAACAGGGAUCAAAUCUCAACACCUUCGCUUGCAUAUAUUACAUUUGAGACUCAAGAAGGGUAUGAGCGUGCUAUCAAGAUGACAUCUCGGCUUCAAUCUGUCUUCAGCCCUGCAGUAGAGCCAACCAAUAUUAUUUGGGAGAAUAGUCAUUAUAGUUGGACUCAUAUUUUUACGAGAUUAGCCAUUGUAAUCUCUAUUAUGUUUAUCCUUCUAAUAAUAGCCUUCGCUAUUUUCUUUUAUCUGAAGAGAGGACUGUCAGUAGCUAAUGGAAAAUACAUGAACCUUAAUUGUGAUAGCUUCAAUAAAAAUAUUGAGAAUGACAGUAUGAGGCUCAGAUAUGCCCUCAUCGACUACUUUGAUUAUUAUGAGUCGAAGCUAGAGAACAGAAUGACAGGCGCACUUCAAUGUUUCUGUGAUCAAUUUUAUGCUGAGAGAGGUCUUUUUGCUACUCUGAAUAACUAUUUCCAGCACCCAAAAGUGACAGUAGACGGGAACAGAUAUGAGGAGCAAAUUUGUCGAGAAUGGGCUAAAGAUCUCCUAUUUGCACCUUUCUGGAGUUCUGUGGUGUCAAUAGUAAUUGUGUUCCUGAACUAUUUACUCAGAGAAGGAGUAAUCUACAUGUCACAUAGAGUUGGAUUCCAUACUGAGACAUCACAGGCGACUGUAAUCAUGGUAUUCGUUUUCAUUGCACAAUUUUUGAAUACAUCAAUCCUGAUAAAUUUUGUGAAUGCAAAUACUACGGAAGCAUUUUCAAACAUGGGGAUUUUCAAAGGAGGUUACCCUGAUUUCAACUUCAAUUGGUAUUCAGAUAUUGGGGCUUCAAUUGUCUUCACAAUGAUGUUUAAUACUUUAUGGCCUUUCAUCGAAGUUGCUCUGGAUUUUGGCAUGUCUUUGUUCUUCAGAAUUCUCGACAAAGGGCUUACUUGUAAUAAGUAUAAGACUAGAAGCAAAACCAUCCAGCAGUAUAUCGAUCUUUAUUCUGGUCCAGAGUAUCUUGUCCAUUUUAAGUAUUCAAGAAUCCUCAAUAUUGUGUUUACAAGUUUUACUUAUGGGCUUGCAAUUCCAUGGUUGUUCCCUAUCGGCUUGAUUACUUUGGUGAUUGAUUAUAUUGUUGAUAAACUUUGCAUCGUUUAUUAUUACAGAGAACCACCCUCAUAUGACAACAAGCUGAAUAAAGCUACAAUUUCUUUGAUGCAAUGGGCUCCAUUGUUCAUGUUUGGUGUAGGAUUUUGGAUGUUUUCAAACAGGCAAAUCUUUGAGAACUAUGUCGAGCUAGACACCCAAUCGAAGCCUAUAGCUGAGAAGACAGGUCAUACCUUGUUUGAGAAUGUUACUGCUACUCCUGCCUACAUCCUAUACAUCUCGUUCUUUAUUCUUCUCUUCGGUUUAGUGUUUAAAAAGUUAAUAUCGUAUAUCCUCAGAAAGACCCCAUUCCUAAUAAGAAUCAACAAUCAAUUAGAUGAGCACUUGCCAAACUACUCCGAUGCUUUGGAUUACUGUGACUCGAUGUACCUCAUGUCUAUGGAAAGACAUCUGAGGAAGCACUAUGGUGUGAAGACAAUCAUGGACCAAACUCUCAGUGCAAUAGUCUCAGCCCAGCCCACACAUAAGAAGAUCACUGGGAUUGGAGUCUACGACAUCUUGGCUAAUAUAAGAUACUGCGAUAAGUUCCAGUAUGACUACUAUGACCAAGUGCUUAAGAUGAACUUCAAUGAUGAAAGCACUAAGGUGAAGCUCUGGCUCUCUGUAGGGUUCAUGACUAAAGAUACUAGGCUCCCAAAACCAAGUAUCAAAGCUAACUCCCUAUUAUCUCAUUUGAAGGAAUCCUUGUUUGACGGAAUGAUUAAUCAUGAUGUAGACGAACAAAUAGAACGUAAGACAAUCAAUUUUGGAAUGAAUGCUUAUUUAAGCUUGAUUGAGAAGUCUGAAGAGAAAAAUCAGAUUGAAGAUAAAGUCGAAGAGUGUGAUGAAGAUGAGGAAGACGAUAAAGAGAAAGGACUUCUAGCAGACUUCAAAUAA